AUGUCUGACGGAAGGAAAAAGUACGCCGUCGUCGGCACCGGCGGCCGCUCUGGCUUCUUCUACUCGGCCAUCGCCAAGGACUACAGCACAACAUCCUGCAUCGUUGCCCUCUGCGAUACCAACCAGACGCGCAUGAACUAUGCAAACGCCAAGCUCGCCUCUCUCGGUCACGGCGAGGUGCCGACCUUCCUCGCCGCCGACUUUGAUAAGAUGAUUCAGGAGACCAAGCCCGACGAGGUCAUCGUCACGACCAUGGACCGCACCCACAACAAGUACAUCGUGCGAGCGAUGGAGCUCGGCUGCAACGUCAUCACCGAGAAGCCCAUGACCAUCGACGCCCCUAGGUGUCGCGAGAUCUUCUCCGCCAUUUUCGAGAUCAUCCGCUCGGGUGCCAUUGGCAAGGUGACGAGCGUCCACUUUGAGUGGAUGCUCAACACGAGCCACGGCGCCGACUACUUCCGCCGCUGGCACCGCGACAAGCGCAACAGCGGCGGCCUCCUCGUCCACAAAUCGACCCACCACUUCGAUCUCGUCAACUUUUGGCUGCAGUCCCGUCCCCAGACCGUCUACGCCACCGGCGACCUCGCCUUUUACGGCCGCGAGAACGCAGAGGCCCGCGGCGUCACCGAGUUCUACACACGCACACACGGCAGCGACGUCGCCAAGAAGGACCCCUUUGCCCUGCAUCUGGAGAACAGUGAGGCCCUGAAGGGCAUGUACCUGGACGCCGAGCACGAGGACGCCUACUACCGCGACCAGAGCGUGUUCGGCGACGGCAUUAGCAUCGAGGACACGAUGAACGUCCUCGUCAAGUACCGCAGCGGCGCGAGUCUGACCUACUCCUUGACGGCCUACGCCCCAUGGGAGGGCUUCCGUGUCAACUUCAACGGCACUGGCGGCAGGCUCGAGGUGGAGGUUGUCGAGAACAGCUACGUCAACUCUGGCGGUGACCAGGCCGACGAGGGCUCGCUCGAGAAGAGAUCCAUCGUGCUGCGGAAACUGUUCGAGAAGCCCCAGGAGAUUGAGCUCGGUGAGAGUGUUGGUGCUCACGGUGGUGGCGACACGGUGCUGCUGAACGACCUCUUCGGCGAGCCCGUGUCGGACGAAUACAUGCGGGCGGCGAGUCACGUUGACGGCGCCGCGUCUAUCCUGACGGGCAUUGCGGCGAACCGCUCCAUCGCGACGGGGCAGGUCGUUAAUGUCGAUGACAUCCUGCAGGUGCCGGAGAAAUAG